CUUCUGGAUUCAAUGUCAAACUCAAACUAAAUUUGUAAUUAAAAUGUCAUUUCGUACAGUGAUGUCGUAUUUGUAAUAAAAAUAAAAAUCCAAAAAGUGCUUGUAAUAUACGUUACGGACAAUAUAAUGUGUGACAAUGGCCUCUGUAAAAGUUGCUGUAAGGGUUCGCCCAUUCAAUCAAAGGGAAAAGGAUAUGAAUGCAAAGUUAAUUGUCCAAAUGGAUGGGAAGAAAACACGAUUGCUAACUGUGAAAAAUAGCAAAGAGCAGAACGAUGGAAACAGAGAGAAGUACAAAGACUUUACAUUCGACCACUCCUAUUGGUCGUUUGAUAGCGCCGACUCGAACUUUGCUACGCAGGAACAGGUAUUCUCCGACCUAGGUCUGGACGUGAUAGACAGCGCAUUCGAGGGCUACAAUGCGUGCGUGUUCGCGUACGGGCAGACGGGCAGCGGGAAGACGUUCACCAUGAUGGGGUCUCCUGAUUCGCAAGGCCUAAUACCCCGGAUAUGUAGGCAGCUUUUUUCCCGGGUCGCCGCGGGCAAGGAAUCAGGAGCAUCGUACCGUACUGAAGUCAGUUACCUGGAGAUAUACAAUGAGAGGGUCAAAGAUCUGCUAUCUACUGAUUCUGGUCACUCCCUUAGGGUCCGGGAGCACCCGAAGUUGGGACCCUAUGUACAGGAUCUGUCGAAGCACUUGGUGUCGGAUUAUGAUGAUAUUCAGGAGUGCAUGCACCGCGGCAACCUGCAGCGUACAACAGCAAGUACACAGAUGAACGACGUGUCGUCCCGCUCGCACGCGAUAUUCACGGUCACGUUCGUGCAGGCGAGCUACCUGCGGCACAACAACAUGCCCAGCGAGACCGUGUCCAAAGUGCACCUCGUGGAUCUGGCCGGCAGUGAACGUGCCGACGCUACCGGCGCAACAGGCCAGCGUCUUGUGGAGGGCGCACACAUCAACAAGUCGCUCGUCACGCUCGGAUCCGUCAUCUCCGCGCUCGCCGAGUCCAGCCAGCCCGACAAUCGCACACCGAAAAACAAUAAGAAAGUGUUCAUACCGUAUCGUGACUCCGUCCUCACUUGGCUGCUAAAGGAUUCGCUCGGUGGAAAUUCUAAGACGAUUAUGAUUGCAGCGAUAUCCCCAGCGGACUGCAACUACGGCGAGACACUAUCUACUUUACGCUACGCGAAUAGAGCCAAGAACAUUAUCAAUAAGCCGACCAUCAAUGAGGAUCCCAAUGUUAAGCUCAUACGAGAACUACGCGAGGAGAUUGACAAGCUGCGCGCGCAGAUAACGCACAAUUCUGUACCUGUAGAAACAGAAGCCGGAGUUCUCGCGACGCUCCAACGCAAGGAAGCGCAAGAGAAAGUGCUCACAGAGAAAUGGACGGAGAAAUGGCGGGAAACGCAGCAGAUAUUACACGAGCAGAAGGCACUUGGGUUGCGCAAGAGUGGUCUAGGGGUCGUGCUCGACUCGGAUAUGCCACAUUUAGUGGGGAUAGAUGAUAAUCUCCUGUCUACUGGUGUCACGCUGUAUCAUUUGAAGGAAGGUGAAACGGUGAUAGGCAGCUCGGAGUACAGCCCGACGCCGGACAUAGUGCUGAGCGGCGCGGGCGUGCUGCCGCUGCACUGCACGGUGGCGCUGCACGACGGCGUGGCCACCAUCGAGCCGGCCGACGGCGCGCAGUGCUGGCUCAACACCGUGCUGCUCGACCGCCCGGCCAAGCUGAGCCAGGGUUGCAUCCUCCUCCUGGGCCGCACGAACAUGUUCCGCUACAACGACCCGGCGGAAGCUGCCAAACUACGUCAAGAAGGCAGCGCUUCCAUGAUGAACCUCUCUCGUCUCUCCCUCCUCUCGUGGUCCACUACCGACCUAGCAGCUAGCACGGAGAACCUUAAUAAUACGUAUUCGGACUUAGAGAGCGAGAUACGGUGUGAGCGCAUUUCCCUGCAACGAGCGGAGUUGGAGCGAGAGAGACAGCAGUUCGUGCUGCAGCAGCAGGAGCGGCAACGUAAAUGGCACGCCGAGCGGGAGGAGCUGGUCAAGCAGCAGAAGCAGUUGGAUGAGGAGCGUUCCGCGAUGGAGCGCGAGUACGCGGCGGCGUGCCGGCGGCUGUCGGGCGACUGGCGCGCGCUGGAGCGCGGCUGGACGCUGCGGCGCCGCGCCCUGCGCACGCGCCAGCGGGACCUCAGCGCGCGGGCACGGCGGCACGCCGCUGCCGCACGGGCCGCGACUGACCGGAUUGAGAAAGAGCAGAGUAUGAUCGUGGAGCUCGAGAGCCAGGUGGGGGGGAAGAGGCGGGAGAUGGAGGAGUUCGUGGUGAACAGCAUCAGCGAUCUGCUGGCGCAGGGCUGCCAGAUUGAUGAGAACCUCACGCCGAGUCCCGAGAGCCCAGCGUCCGAAACGUCCACCGAGUGCCUGAUGCACUUGCUGCAGCAGUGCGAGCCGAAAACGGCAAGAAAUAUAACCGACACCGUCAAUAGACAUCGUAAAGAACUAGAAACACUAGAGCAAGAGUUACAAGCGAGAGUUUCAUCGGUAGCGGCACAGCGCGUUAAGGUGGAGCGGCUGCAAGCUGAAUUAGCGCUGCUUGCUGCGAGACAGCGCGGACUGACACAAGCGCUUGCUGAUCCUGACGGCGAAGGUGAUUAUUUGCCAAUAGAAGGUGUUAAACGCAGCAAAUCCGAGCUAGUACUUAGAAUUAAAGAUGAAGAUCCGCCCGAACCGCUUUCUGCUGAUGAGAGAGAGCAUUAUCGAGCUAAACGACUUAGCCUCAGCCUCAGCCUCGACCCUCUCCCCUCCCCAUCCCUAACCUCCCCCACGCCCCCCUCCCCGACGUUCCACACGGCCUCCUCCUCCCCCAAGCUCCCCUCAGAGUCGACCCUCCCGAGCCCCUCCACUACGGAGGGCUCCAUGCUCCCGAGUGAGGAUCUGCCCCGGUUCAAGCUGAACGCCAGCGUGGAUGAUAGCGAUGAUAUGUCCAGCACGGAGGAGUAUCAUAAGCCGAGUAGAAUAGUUGAAGGGCAGUCAUCCAGCUCAAUAGAACGAUCGCCAGAAGAGAGACAUCAGAGGUCCAAAUAUAGACGGAGAUUAGCAGGCGACCGUCGCGGGCGGCAAGUGACGGAAGCUGAGGCGUUGCGCGCGAUGCAGCGGCUGUGUUCCCGCAUCGCGUCGCAGAAGAUGCUUGUGAUAUCCUCGCUGGAGAACGACUGCUCCAAGGAGGAUCUGAAUAGGCAGAUACAGGUCCUCCAAGAGCUCCAAAAGAAGUACGUCCGCCUCGAAAUGGCGCUGCAGUACUCGUUCUUCGACAACCAGCAGAGCAGGCGCACGAUCAUGGUGACGCCCAUACAGGAGACGCCGUCGCUGACUCUCAGCGAGAGCGACAUGCACGUCAGCACUGAGACGGCUGACGACGGCCACGUGCAGGACUCGCUGCGACACAGGCUAAAAGACAGCGACGGCGUAGAAGCAUCAGACAACGUGUCCACGUCCAACGAUGAGCUCGGCUCCGAACCGUCAUGGCCGGACCCGCUACGGGCGCUCGCUUCGCCCGACGCGAGUGACCUUGACCACGACCACGAUCUCGACAACGACCGUGAUCACGACCGUGAAGAUUACCGCAGGCGGGACCGCCCCGCGCCGCUUGUUAUACCGGAUUACACAUUGGAGGGUCUUCAUCAUCCCAUCGAUUUCUCGGAGGUGAUAUCGGUCCCGGGGUGGGUGACGCGCGGCGCGGGCGCGGGCACGCACCACGAGUACGAGGUGCGCGUGCGGCUCGGGCCGCAGUGCGCGUGGCAGCUGCUGCGCCGCUACCGCCGGUUCCGCGACCUGUACCUGGCCGCGCGCAAGGCGUACGGCGCGCAGGUGGCGGCGAUCCCGUUCCCGCCGCGCGCGCUGUGGUCGUCGGAGAGCCUGGCGCGCAGCCGGCGGGGGCAGCUGGAGAGCUUCCUGCGGCGGCUGCUGGCGGCGUGCGCGCUGGACCGCCGCUGCCCGCUGCACCGCGAGCCGCUCACGCGCGACAAGCUGCAGGCCUUCUCGCCCUUCUUCCGCAAGGGCGUGUUCGAGAGCGGCAAGUGCGGCACAGGAUGAUGGCGCGCCGAGCUCGUGACGGGCGCACUGUGCGCUGACCUGCGCCGCCUUGCGCACGUGCUGCUCGCCGCACUGCUGCUGCUGGCGCGCUGUGCGGCACUGGUGCUGCUGUACCUGUAUGUGCGGGCGAGGGACCGGCGGUGAGGGGCGGAGUGCGGGGACCACGUGGAAGUGCUAAGGGGACAGUGCAAAGUGUAUUAAGGGGACAAUAUAAGUGUUAAGGGGACGAUACAAGUGUUAAGGGGAUGAUACAAGUGUUAAGGGGACGAUACAAGUGUUAAGGGGACGAUACAAGUGUUAAGGGGACGGUACUAGUGUGUUAGGGGACAAUUCAGUGAUGUUAAAGUGUUAAGGGGAAGUUACAAAAGUGAAGAUUCAGUUGUGUUAAGGAGAAGAUCAACAGCGUUGAAGGGAUGAUUCAGUGACCAUGUUAAUAUGGAGAGUGUCGUUAUGGAGACCAAUCGUAAGUGAUAAUGAGAAGUGUUUGAUGAGACCAGUCAGAUGAUAAUUUCGCAAUGUUAAGGUAUGAUGUGUUAAAGAAAGUGGUAGCAGUGCUAUGGAGACACGUUGUCUUAAGGAAGAUUGUGCAAUUUUAAGAAGAGAUUUUAGCGAUGGAAUAUUGUGUUAUAGUUAAGGGGAACACUUAUAAGUGGGUUUUAUUGAUAAGAAAUAGCAAGUUUAUUUAUUAUAUGAGUAUUUCUGAAUAAUAUUCAUAUUGUAUGUUAGGGUGCAAUAGAUAAAACAUAUAAAAAUACCUUAUUGAAUAUAGUUUUAUGACUAAAACGAUAUUUCAUGAGAAAGAUGCAACAGAGACGUAUUUCGUAUAAUAUCAAAAUAUCAAAUUUAAAUGAAAAAGAUUUGCAAGUUGAAAGACAAUAAACUCAAAGAAAUGUAUACGAAUCCCUGAAGACCCCUUAAAGUCUGUUCCCUAAGUGCCCCUAUAUGUCCCUAAGUGCCCCUUUAAGUCCGCUAAGUGCCCCUAUGUGCCCCUAAGUUAAGCCCCCGGCCCGCAGGCGGCAGUGACGCGUAUCGGGUGCCUUUAUUGUUGUAACUUCGUCGCAUUAUUGACGCUCUUUAUGUAAAACUGUUGUGGGUUAUGAAAACAAAACAUUAUUUCCAAUAUCCAAGAAUUUGGUUACUUUUACAAAAAAUUCUUGAAGUAUCUUUAAAUUAACUAAAAGUUGAUGAAAUUAAACUCUGAAACUAAAACUGAUAUGUCGUUAUCAAUUAACAAAGUCUAUGAAUGUUUGUACAUUUUGAUCUAUACAGAGAAAUCUAUCGUAAUUUACAAUUUGAUAUCCAUUUCAGUAUGUACCUAUAAUUUAAACAAUUACCAAUUUUUUUGUGAAGUAAGAAAAAAUACUUCAAAAACUCAAACAAAUCUAAUCAAUCAAUUAUUAACGCCCACGAAACAGUAAAGUAAAAAGCGUACAAUAAUGUGGAUGAACUUUGGAUGUCCUUAACUUGAUUUGACUUGAGCAUUCCCUGUUUUUACUAUUCCAUUUUAGCGAAAUAUACUUUUAAAAACGCGGGAAACAAUUUAUUUGUUCAUGUAUUUACAAAUAUAUCUUCUAAAUUAAUAGAUCUGAUUGGAUUUAAAAAAAUUAGUUUGUGUUAAAAAUGUUUUAAGGUAUUUUCGAUUAAAAAUGGGCUUGUACCUUAAAAAAUAUUUUUAUUUUGGAAGCAGGACUUAAAAAUAACUUAAGCAUAUUCAAACAAGAACAUUGUUUAUGUUUAGAAUGAAUAAUAAUGAAUAAAUAAACUGUUUUUUAAAAAAUGCAGCCAAUGUCGAAGCUGCUAUCGCGUUUUAAUCUAAUUUAUUUAUUUAUAUUUCUUAGAAAUACUUUUGUGUUCUGUAUAUUUGUGGAAUUGUUAAGUCUUCCUUUAGUCUUUUUUAUCAAUUUGGGACAAUCCAUUGGAAUGUGUAGUGCGAAGCACUCGUGUUAAAUCUCUCUUAGAUUACAGAGAGAUAGGUUUUAGGAAUCUAGACUGCUUUGUAAAAAAUGAGUGAAUUAUUUAUCUUCAUGGAUAUCUGUGAUUUUCUUUUCAUAUUUCUUACGAAAACUGGUUUUCUGUCUUUCCUAUAUGUAACGAAAACAAUGUAUGUUAUGUUUCCUUUAAAAAAUAUCAAAAUUUUCAAGAAUUGACGACAUAAUAUUAAACUUCUAAAAUUCAUGCAACACAAUUCCUAUUAGGGUCUAGAUUUCUAAAGCCUAAUUGUUAUAAAUUGUAAAGCACCCAAGAAUAAAGUCUAUUUUUGCACGUGACGAGCUCUGAAAUUAUAAAUCCGUAGUUAGGUAUUAAAAUUGUAGUUUUUCCUUGAGGUAGAUGCAACUUUGGACUCGAGUUUGAUCUUAGUUUUCAAAUGCUUAAGGUUGAUUUUUCUAUGUUCUACUAUUUGAUUGUAAUGCCAUCUCAUUUCAUUCACAUUAUAAGAAAGAGAUGGAUAUCUGUUGUCUAGAUAACUUGUAUUUCCUCUUCAAGAAAAACCUUUGUUUU